UACUGCGGAGCGCGCCCGUCACUAGUCCUUCUGGCGUGUGGCCCGGACGGGAUGCAAGACGAGACCUUCCAAGAGAGGGCAGCCAUCGGGGCCAACGAGCUCCGGCCGAAAGGCCUUUGGCUCAUAUAUACAUUUUUUUUCCUUCCUUUUUUAAAUGAACAAUCACUGGAACAAAUAAAGGGUUAAUAGGCCAGUCCUUGCCCCGCCCUGUGGGAGCCGGAGGGAGCAGGUUUGAAAGUUCCUUGUGCAGAAGGGAAGGCUGGGGGUGGGGGGCGCCAAACACCUCUGCGCUGCGGCGGGCCGGGCUGGGCCGGCGGCGGGCGGCGGGGUUCGAGCCGCACACGGGCCCUGAGCGUUCCGGCCGCCGCCUGCCUGGCUCCGGGCUUUCCCGGCGAGGAACCCAAGGCGAGAACACCGCGUGCUGCCGCGGGGCCGGGGAGGACAGCAGUCGGCGGGGAGCCCCCCCCCCGGAGCCCCCUCCCCCGGGCUGUCGCCGAGGCGGGCGGGGGAGCGCGCAGAGUUGGGAGCCGCGGCGGCCGCGAGUUUGCCUUCCGACCCGCCGAUCCCGCAGACGACCCGGCGAUUUAUGCAACGGUCUCCUGUCUCAGCACUGCCAAGGCUAUGCGAAGACGCGGUCAGGACCGCCUGGCAGGACUUGUGCUGUAUGUAGGACUCGUCGGGCACCCCGGGAUGCUGCACAGGGCCAAGUACAGCCGCUUUCGCAACGAGUCCAUCACGUCCCUGGACGAAAGCGGCCCCGGAGGAGGCGCGGGGGGGAGCAAGGGCUCGCCUCAGCCUCCCUACCCCACCCUGGCACCUCACCUGCCGCCUGAAGAGGCCACCUUGGCGGCCCAGGAGAGCCCCACCCCACUGUGCACCUUGAUCCCUCGCAUGGCCAGGGUGAAGCUGGCCAACCCGGCCACCUUGCUGAGUCUGAAAAACUUUUGCUUGGGUACCAAAGAGGUGCCCCGGCUGAAGCUCCAGGAAAGCCAGGACCCGGCUCCCAGCAGCCCGGCCUGCCCCGAAGCCGGCCUCACUAGCGCUGGGUCCGCACCUCUGCCGCAGCCAGGCCCGGUGGGGCACAGGGCACCUGUCCUAACUCCCGAGGCCUGUCCCCUUCCUGGCCCUGGGCAGCCAACCCCAGGGAGCAGGCAGGACAGGCAUUUUCUGCAGCACCUGUUGGGGAUGGGCAUGAACUACUAUGUGAGGUACAUGGGCUGUAUUGAAGUACUGCAAUCAAUGAGGUCACUGGAUUUUGGAAUGAGAACCCAAGUUACAAGGGAAGCAAUAAGUCGCCUGUGUGAAGCCGUCUCUGGGGCAAAUGGAGCCAUUAAAAAGAGAAAGCCUCCAGUUAAGUUCCUAUCAACAGUUCUUGGCAAAAGUAAUCUUCAGUUUUCGGGAAUGAAUAUUAAACUGACCAUCUCAACAUGCAGCCUCACAUUGAUGAAUAUUGACAACCAACAGAUUAUUGCAAAUCAUCAUAUGCAAUCUAUUUCUUUUGCCUCUGGAGGAGAUCCUGAUACUACAGACUAUGUUGCCUACGUAGCUAAAGAUCCAGUUAAUCAACGAGCCUGCCAUAUAUUGGAGUGCCGCAGUGGAAUGGCCCAAGAUGUCAUAAGCACCAUAGGGCAGGCUUUUGAACUCCGGUUUAAACAGUAUUUGAAAAAUCCUUCUUUGAAUACUUCUUGUGAAAGUGAGGGGGUGCCUAUUGAUGAUCAUGCUGAGGAGCGAGAAGAUCAUGAGUAUUACAAUGAAAUCCCAGGGAAGCAGCCACCUGCAGGUGGUGUUUCAGAUGUGCGGAUCAAAGUCCAAGCCACAGAACAAAUGGCUUACUGCCCCAUACGGUGUGAAAAGUUGUGCUAUUUGCCUGGAAACUCCAAGUGCAGCAGUGUGUAUGAGAACUGUUUAGAACAAAGCAGGGCAAUAGGUAAUGCACAGGAGAGAGGAGUGCAGUCCCAUCGAGAUGCCUCAUUAAUGAAGCACACAUGUCGAGUGGAUUUCUUCAAUGAUCCCUGCUACAUAAACACACAGGCUUUUCAAAGUACACUUGGCUCUGCCCCAAAUCAAAGCUCAGCUCACGUGUUGGGGAGCCCAUGGCACCGUGAAAAAGCACCAGAAACUGUUCAGCCUGGUGCCACGGCCCAGCCUGCCAGCUCACAUUCUUUGCCACAUGUUAAGCAGCAGCUGCGGAGUGAAGACUGCUACCAUGGCAAGCUGAGCCGAAAGGCAGCAGAGAGCCUCUUGGUGAAAGAUGGGGACUUUCUGGUUCGAGAGAGUGCAACAUCUCCUGGCCAGUAUGUGCUAAGUGGACUACAGGGAGGCCAGGCAAAGCAUCUUCUUCUGGUGGAUCCUGAAGGGAAGGUAAGGACCAAGGAUCACGUAUUCGAUAACGUCGGCCACCUUAUCAGAUACCACAUGGAUAACAGUUUGCCAAUCAUCUCUUCUGGAAGCGAAGUAAGCCUUAAACAACCAGUGAGAAAAGAUAAUAAUCCAGGACUUUUGCAUUCUAACAAAUGACAGUAUGGAAGUGCCAUCACAUUAAUAUUUCAAAAAAAAUUCAUUUUGUGUUAGGACACAAAGAUAAUCCAAACUUGGUUAAUAGACAAAAUAGAGCACAAACUGUGAAGUACAUUUUUUCCAAGACCGUCAUGGGACUAUGUCCUUUAUCAGACAAAGAAAUAACAAAGAUCGAUCUUCAGAAAGUGAAACUUAGAAAAGGGGAAGAGGAUUAGUCCAUUUGAAAAGAAAUUAUACAUAUGCACGGGUGUCACUUUUUAAGGCCAUAUUGCAUUGAUAGCAAGCUAAAAGCACAAUUAAAAUUUCCCAUGCUAGAGACUAUUUGGAUGAACUGCUGGGGCAGUGGUAUGUGCCUUUCAACUUGAUAAUUUGGGGACAUUUUCAUAUUGGGGAGAUUAGUUCUAACUGUCUUCAUAUUCUAUAACUAUAGAACUAUUUGCCAAAAAGAGUUUUUCCUUGUUACAAAAAUAAGAAGCAAUCUGCUUGAUAGUUACUGACUUUACUACGUUUUCUGUUUAGUAGCACUUUCACUGCAACGUUAAAAUAAAUCUGACGUUGAAUUUGGA